GCAUCAUGGUCUGCCCCUCGAUCUAUCUUGGAUCUGCGCCGAACCAAGCUCGUAAUGACUGCUGCAGUGCGACGACAAUGGGCCGGCCCUCGAACGCCUGCAGCACUUGUGAUCUGAGCAAAUCGGCGCAGACAGUUUAAAGUCCCGGCUUCCCCAGCUUCGCGCAUUCUGUUGAUCUCUGAUCUCGUUCGCCGUUGCCGUCCCCAGCUUCCUUGAGAAGUUCCAUCCCUACCUAACUUAUAAGUACCUGCCGGCCCUGCUUCGAGAAUAUCACCAAACACUCAAGGCUUCAUCCCUCCAUUCCUUCCCAUAAACUGUCCACCGCUGGAACACGGCGCAAGGCCAACAUGAAGCCCUCUCUCCUUGCACUAUCUGCCCUCGCCGGCCUAGCUUCCAGCCAGUGUGUCUCGUCCAUCCCAGAAUGUGCCCGGGACUGCCUCGUAGUGGCGGCUGGCUCAGUCGGGUGCGGAGAGACCGACUACGCAUGUCAGUGUACGAGCCAACAUCAGACGGACAUUACAACAAGUGCCACCACGUGCGUGCUCGCCGCGUGUGGUGAGCAGGUCGCCAUCAAUGAGGUCCUACCAGCAGCCGAUGCCUUCUGCUCCGCCAUCAAUGCCGGCGCAAGCUGUUCCUCAGCCAGCGCCGGAGUAACCAGCACUGGGGCGUCUUCUGCCUCUGGAUCGACUUCAUCCCAGGAAUCGACUCAGUCGACGUCUGUUUCACAGACGGGAACGGGCGCCGAACCCACCGCGACGACAGGGAGCUCGUCGUCGUCGUCGUCGUCGUCGUCGUCGGCUAGCGGGACCGCGGUGACUACGGGCUCAUCUGCCACGGGUACUGCCACGGGUGCCAGCGCAAGUGCCUCGAGCACUGCUGCUGCGGCUAAGAUGGGCUCUGUCGGCUCCUUGGGAAUGGCGGUCCUCGGUGCUCUUGUUAUGCUGUAGAGAUACAGGGUACCGUGGAUGAACGCAUGGUGACACCUCGAGAAGGAACUCAGAAUGCGACUCGUUGUGACCGGCGUGGUUUGAAUCUGAUACGAGGGUCCAUUCAGGUGUACAUAGAGGUCUUCUCAGCAGAUGUGGCCGAUUCGUCGAAGUAAAGACUCGGGCAGUGAUCAUAUGGUGCUCGCGGAAGCAGAGAUAGACAAUUUGAUGUAAGUUGGUCGGCAUAGGAUAUCCCUUGUAACUAGGUAUUCAUGGAAACUAUUGGUUCAGUCAGGUGCAAGCAUGAAAUACCACCCUGGGGCGUGAAGCAAAGUAUCACCUCAGGUGAGUCAGGACUACCUAGGUACCUGACCAUGGGACCACCUGGGCAGUCCCAAGGCUGCUGUUUCCAAGGUUCCAAGUAGUCAUGGAGGCUUGGCCUACUUCCAGGAUACCAAAUUUACAACGCAAUAAUACCAAGGGCCUGAUAUUUCAGAAUUUUGUUGCCUUUUAUCUUUGAAGAGCUUCUAGAUCACCUGGGGACUGAUCCUGAAGUCCUUGCAUGGACGGGGGCGUGGGUGA